AUGACGGCGGAAACUGGACAAUCCUCUGGUUCGAAACCUUCCGAUGAUGCAUGGGCCAAACUAGUUCCAUUGGACACUAGAUUCUCUGACAUUGAGAUUAGGUGCAAUGAUAUGGUAAUAUGCUCAGAGAUUAAACCAUCUUCCUUAGGAAGACAUGAAUGGUGCAGAAUUACAAAGAAUUUGGGUCCAGAUUCUGCCACUUUACAUAACAAGAGUUCGGAUGCUAUACUUGUUGACGAGGCUAUCAUCCCGAAAGACGGAGUUGUCGAUAUCGUGUCUGGAUCUGAAAUUGUUCCUGGCCCUGGAGGACAAGGUUACUUGAUGUACAGAUUUACUGUAAUGCCUGCUCCAGAAUCCAGAACCCAGCUAUUAAAGAUUUCAAUAGAUCCUGAUAAUGCAAAAUGCAGUAUCUGCUUAAACGUAUGGCAUGAUGUUGUCACAGCUGCACCUUGCCUUCAUAAUUUCUGUAAUGGCUGUUUUUCAGAAUGGAUGCGGAGAUCGGAGGCAAAACAUCAACAUGUGCUAUGUCCACAGUGCAGAACAACUGUACAAUUUGUGGGGAGAAAUCAUUUUCUGCAAAACAUACAAGAGGAUGUAUUAAAAGCGGAUACCACACUGAGGCGGCCAGCUGAAGAUAUCGCAGUGCUAGACUCAUCUGCAUCAAUACAAUCAAAUCUUAUAAUUGGGAGCAAGAGAAAACGUCGUUUGAGUACACUCACGCCCCCACCUGAAGAAAGAGAUAGCUUGCGUUUGCAAUGCCCACAAUGUGUUGCUACUAUUGGUGGUUAUCAGUGUGAACGCCAUGGUGCACAUCUGCAAUGCCACCUGUGUAGGGGAAUGGUGCCCUUUAGAACCAAUCUUCAAGUGCCGUUACACUGCAUGGGAUGUGAUAGGCCGUUUUGUGGUGCUUACUGGAGUUCCGUAAAUGUCACACACAGUGAAUCUACUCCAGUCUGCAGUCGAGAAACUUUCAGACCUAUCUCGGAACGCACAGUUACAAGAAUUCCAUUCACAACCCAUGAAAUGAAUCGCCAUGAACAAGAUAUAACACAAAGAUGCGUUGCCGAGAUGGGGAAAACUGUGCAGGAGGUUGCAGCAGAGUGGUUCAGGCGUUUCAAUGAUAGAGAAAUCGACCGUUCUCGAAUGCCUCUCAAUCAUGCUGAGAUGAUAACUGCAUCAACACAUGUUUGCAAUGAUUGUUAUGAUAAGCUGGUGGGGUUCCUAUUAUACUGGUUCCGGAUAACACUCCCGAGAGACCAUUUGCCAGCGGAUGCAGCAGCUAGGGAAGAUUGUUGGUACGGAAACGCAUGUAGGACACAGCACCACAACGAAGAACAUGCUCGUAAACGUAACCAUGUCUGUCGUCCUACCAGAGGGAACCAUCAUCUUUAG